CGGCGGUGAGGGGCAGGGCUGGCGGGGAGCGGGGCCGAGUCGGGGCCGGGCCGGACGGGGGAACGGGACCGCGGGCGGUGAAACACGUAGGGCCUUUCCCCCCGCAGAGCUGCAAACCUGUCAGUUUUCCUGCGAGGGGAGUUCAGCUCUUGCUGUCAAGUUACCCUCUUGAGAUAAAGUGAUUUUAUUGUUAUACUUACUUACAAAAGGGGGGAAAACUCACCAAAACCUUCCCGGUUUUUGAUUCUUCAGCAUUUAAACGUGCACAGUUGCACCUUCUUUUCUGUUCAAUAGUGGUUUCACUAGAGGUAAACUCUCAACCAGCAGGAAGCACGUUUUUGAGUAACAGAGCAGGUUAAUAUGCAUGCUAAGCUGUGUGUACCAGUUGUUAAGAAACAGCUUAAAUUUUACCAUGUCUUCUCACCUGCAAAUCAUUUUUAUUUCUUUGAAAGAGAAGUUUUACCUUCAGUUUGUUACGUAUAUUUCACAUACACAGUGUAAAUGAUGUUUGGGAUUUUCAGAAAUUUCAGGUCACCUAUGAAGAAAUGAAGGUUAGGAUGUCAUGUGUUGGACUGAAAAAUCUUCUCCAAGGGCUGAGCUUCAGUGUCAAAUACUACUCUAAGCACAACCAUCUUCAGACAACAUGUCUUUCUAGUAAAAUAAAACCAAAAAAAUGCCACAUCCUGGACUGUUCAGGAAGUACGUGCACACGCAGGACUGCGCCACCUGGAAGCAUCCUGCCAUGGAGAUUCUUUUCCUGCAAGGUAUGCUGUUUAAUUAUAGGCUUAAUGUCAACAACCACCUUGGCACAUCUGUUAAGGAAGCCAGCCGUAUUUUUCAAAUGUCAAGGAAACACAUUUUUCCUAAAGAGUUUGAAGCUGGGGGAUAAAUAUGAGGAUUUCACUUAUGUUUAAAGACAUGUACUGUUGUUCAAUUUUCCUGUCCUGUUUUGAGAUAAAGCUGCAUUUUGGUUGAUUUUCCUGCUGUAGCAACUUUUUAAAAAUUGGUAUCUUCCUAAAAGAUUCAGUUAAAGUGUCAGGAGAAAACUGCGGGGGGGAUCAGCUGGCAUAGAGGCAAAGUGGCCAAACUGAUGCUGCCAGGCCUAACCACUGUGAGCUGGCUCAACGAAAUUUGACUUUUUCUGUGCUCACUAGUAAGUCAUGGUUUGCACCAUAUUAAUAUUAAAAUAAUCUCUUGACUUCUCAUAAUUGUAUUCACAUGCGAUAAACUGUACUUUAAAAGGUACUUGGAUUUCUUUCUAUAAGUAAAUGAGUGGCAAUGUAUGAUGCACAGAGUCAGAAAAUGGUCUGAAAUAAUUUCAGGUCUUUGUUUUUUCUAAUACAGCAUUUGCUAAAGGCAUUAUAAAAGCUUAACUGCAGUAUGACAGCCUAUAAACCAAUUUAUAUGCAUAAUGCAUAAAUGCUGUUUAAAAAGAUUGGUGCUUUGGUUUAUCUUAAACGUAUUUUCAGAUGCAUGUGUGGUUGUUCUAAAAUUGUUUCAAGUUGAAGUGUUUCUUCGAAGGUGACCCAAAGAUCAUCUUGUUGUAACCCUCUUAUUUCUAACCAUAAUGCAAGCAGUUCCUAAGUCUGCAUCUGAAAUACAAACAAAUGUUUCAAGGAGAAUGUAUGAAAUCUUGAUGGAUGAGAACGUGUGGUUCUGUUUAUUCAUUGGCAGUUCACUAAUGGUUACAACAGUUAGAAAUGCUGAUCUGUGACACUGGUUCCACGAUACAAAGAGGUGGUUUUCACCUGAAAGGAGGCUGUGCUUCUUCGCUUUGGAGCAAAUGUUUGCAAACUGAUUGUCACAGAGAUCCUCUGCUAUCCUCAAAAUCUUCCUAGAUGCUCUUCUAGAUGAGUGUUUUUUCCCCAGGCAGGGAGGUGUACAGUAACUCCAAUAUAUACCUACACUGUGGCCAGCAGCUUUAUAUAAUAUUUCCAAAUAAAUACAGUGGGAACUGUUGAAAAUAGAAGGAGGGGAAUCAUUAAAAGAUUCAUAAAGUGUGGAACUUGCCAAAAUAAGUUGUGGAUGCUAAAAUUUUAUCUAAGUAUAAGGGGAGGUGAUGCAUGUACAUGAAACAGACUUUUUAAAUAUCCAGAAACCACGUCCAGCUCAGGAAAUUGCUGAGCUAAAAUUGUUGAAGACUGGGGGAAUACCUGUUGGGGAAUAUGAUCUGUGCUUGUCCCAUUCUUAUACUUCUGAAGGAACAAAAAUCCCUUCCAAAAGGAAGCAAAAUACAUCCAUAAUAACAUCAGAGCUUUUGUACAAGAAUCUUCUGAAAUCAGAGCAGGAAAACUGGAAUGACAUUUCAGCAAGAUAUGAAGCUAUGACAAAAAGAAUCAAAGCAAAAUUAGAAGAAUUGCACAACAGAUAUACCUUCAAUUCGGAAAGCCCAAGGAUCAAGUUUGGAGAAAACGUGUACUUUGAAGAGAAUGGCUGUAUAUUUUUUUCAAAAGCAGAUGAUGUAGGUGAAGAAAAUGUUGACAUUUUAUUCAGUACUGAAGAUCUUGGGUUUUCUGAUGCCUUUAUUCAACGGAUCAGAAUUUCACCAGAUCAGAGAUACAUGGCUAUCAGCUUAAAAAGUGAAAAUUCUGAAGAGGCAACCUGUGUUAUUAUGAAACUUGGUCAUUUUCCCGUCAUGGAAAAAGUAAUUCCAAAUGUAUUUAGUUUUGAAUGGGCUACAAAUGAUGUUCUGUAUUAUACAAGUCAGAAGAACCUUAAAUGCCAGAAUGUGUUUAUGACCACUUUCAGUAAUCAGAAACAUACAAAGUUAGUUUAUACAGAACAAGAUGCAAGAUUCUUUGUGGACAUAUAUUGUACAAAAGACAGGCGUUUUCUCACUAUCAACAGCAACAGCAAGACGACCUCAGAAGUUUGGCUGGUUGACUGUAGACAACCUUUUAAGUUACCUGCUCUUGUACAAGCACGAACAAAAGGGGUCAUUUACCACAUUGAGCACAGAAAUGAUGAGUUAUAUAUUCUUACUACAUACGGAGAACCUGCAGAAUAUAAGUUGAUGAAGGCACCAGUAGCUUCCAGUGGCUUGGAGAACUGGCAGUUAGUUUAUGCACUGGAAGAGAAAACCAAGCUAGUAGACUUGGAGAUGUUCAGUGAUCACUCUGUUAUGUUCCUGAAGAAGGCUGGUCAUCUUUACUUAAAUGUGAUUUCUUUUGUUUCACAUUCCGUUCAGUCAGUAAAGCUACCUACAUGGGCCUGUGAAUUUGAAUUGGAAUCUCAUCCUGAACAUACCACCAGCACUUGCUAUUUUCAGCUCACCUCCCCAGUACACCCCCCUAAGUGUUUUGCAUAUUCAUUUAAAGAAAAUAAUCUCAUUGAGCAAGCUGUGCAAGAGGUACCAAUUAUUACGAAUUGUCACACUACACGUUUACUAGCUAAAAGCAAGGAUGAAACUUUGGUGCCAAUUACAGUUUUUCAUAAUAUGAAUUCUAAAGAGCUACACAGGAGACCACUUCUAGUUCAUGUAUAUGGAGCUUAUGGCAUAGAUUUGAACAUGAGCUUUAAAGAAGAGAAGCUGAUGUUAAUUGAAGAGGGUUGGAUAUUAGCAUAUUGCCAUGUUAGGGGCGGAGGAGAGCUCGGCCUUAGCUGGCACAAAGAUGGAUGUCAGCAUAAUAAACUCAAAGGUCUCUAUGACCUUAAGGCUUGCAUCAUGCUGUUGCACGAACUAGGAUUUUCUCAGCCAAAAUACACAGCACUAGCAGCUGCCAGUGCUGGAGGAGUUCUUGCAGGAGCCCUGUGCAACACUGAUCCAGAACUUAUCAAAGCCAUGGUUUUACAGGCUCCUUUUGUAGAUGUUCUAAAUAUAAUGAUGAAAACUCAUCUGCCACUGACAACUGAGGAACAGGAAGAAUGGGGAAAUCCAUUAGCAGAUGAAAAAUGUAUGAAGUACAUCAAAAGCUAUUGUCCAUACCAGAAUAUUAAGUCACAGUGUUAUCCUUCAGUUUUUAUCACGGCAUAUGAAAAUGAUCAACGGAUACCACUAGCAGGAGUUCUGCGAUAUGUUCAGAAACUUAGGAAGGCUGCACUAGAUCAUGCCAGCAAAACCAAUAAGAAAGUGAUCGCUAGCUUCAUUGUUCCAGGAAACUGCAUCCCUAACAUCAUCUUAGACAUCCAGGCAAACGGCAGUCAUUGUAUUUCAUCUUGGGAGGAUUCACUGAAUGAGGUUGCAAGACACCUUGCUUUUCUGAACAAAGAGCUUGAGGAAGUAUGCCAUCUCCAGCAUCAAACAAAAUCCUGCAAAUAAACACACUGACCACCUGAAAAACUUCAGGUCAGAUUUUUAUGUACAUGAAAAGUGAACACCUGCUUCAGAGGAUGUCUCCUCUUGGAUCCGUGCUGUAUGGGUGUAAGCAGACAAGAAGUUCAAAGUUGGGUGUGGCACUGGCAUAUAAACAUACAAACUAAGGGCUGAAUUUCUCCCCUGACAGACAGCACAGAAGUAGCCACCUGCAUUAAUCAAUUUGUUCAGUACAGCAAUGCAGCGCUAUAGAAGUAGAACUGAAGCACAAUGGUUGGUGCUUAAAGCCUAACAUGUGAGGACACGCACUUUGUACAGGCAGCCUUUCCAGUCUAAGCCCUCUUUUCCAAGACCACAUUUUACACAAGGCAGUAAAAGUCCCAAGGAGUAUUUAAGUCUCACUAGGGUCUUCUAAAAUGAAUUCCAAUACAUAGGCGAUGAUGACUUUAAAAGUUACUAUGAACUGCCACAGGCUUUGGAUUCCACAGGAGCUCUUAAUGACUAGCAACUGUGAGGGGCAGCACCCAGAAAGCAACUUUACUCUUUCCUCACAAAAAUGCACACACUUGAACAGGACAGUUUUUAGAACAGGUUUACUUUUCUUCUCCAUAGAACCUAAGAGAGAGUUUAUACCAUACUUUUUCCUUUUCAUCACCAAUACAGAUGGAAGACAAUUAGGUAUCCGUUUUAU